GAAUCCAAACAAGAAGGAGUGACAUGGAAUUUCUUUGCGAUUUUUAAGUGAAAUUCGUUGCGAUUUUUUUAGGAAUGUUGUAAUCAUGUCGAGCUUAAAGUUAGGCAAGUCAGUAGGGGAGGACUGCUGGGUGACGGCCAAGUAUGACUACACGGCCCAGGGCAGCCAUGAGCUGGACCUCCGCAAGAAUGAGCGCUUGCUCCUACUUGAUGACUCAAAGCACUGGUGGCGGGUCAUGAACAACCGCAACCAGGCUGGUUACGUCCCCUCCAACUACGUCAAGAAAGAGAAGCCAUCCAUAUUCGAUAGGUGAGUGUGUGGUUUUCUGCUGCCGUUUUUUUCUACCCAUUUUUGUUGUUCUUGCUCUUGGGGUCGUUGUCUGUCGGUGUUUCCCUAUAGGUAGUUUUGUCACUAGGUUUAUUUGUACUUUGGUUCGAGAGUACAUUGGAGGUUGUGUUGGUAGGUGGUCUUUCCUUUUUUUGUGGAGGUUUAUAUUCCUGAUUUAUAAACCAUUGGUGAUGCAUUUGCAGGUAAGGAAGCAAACAAAGUAAAAAUAUGAUAGUAUGUUUUACGUAAGGGAAAAGGAAAUGCACGUAGAGUUUUAUUGCCCAUGUUCUUAAGGGGUGUUUUGCAAGAGGUGUGGGAGUGAUUUGCAUUCCCAAACUGAAAGUGCAGUGAAGUGGACAAGAGAAAAGAGAGGAGUGAGAA